AUGAAUUCCAAGACUGCCAAAGAUAAAAUUAUUGGUAAGUGGGGCUUAAAGCCGGGUAGGUCCAGACCCGAGAGCGAUCUCGAGAAGCGUGAGCAGAACGCAGCCGUGAGAAAAUCACUGGAGGAGGUCGUGAAAGGGAAAAGCAAAGUGACUGAUCCCGAAAGGAACGGGCUCUUAGAGAAAAUACUUUCCCUUGAAAAAGAAAAACAUCACCAUCGUCUUAAAGAGAAGGACAAAGAAAUCCAAAACUUGAAAGACAAGCUUAGAUCCAAACUCAAGAAUACUGAAGUCUCCUUGUUACAAAGUCAACUAGAGGAAAAAACAAAGGAAGCAGAAAGGCAAGAACAGUUAUUUCGUUCUCUGUCGCAAGAAAUGAACCAGUUAAAAUGCAGUUUAUCCACUGUUACUACAAAAUAUUCUGAGCUUGAAAACAGAGCCGGUACUUCUCAGGCAUCCCAGGAAGCUCUAACAAACAGCGUCACGUUACCAACUAGUCUUCAUGAAGUUGAAAACCAACUGAAAGAUGCUCUUGAGAAAAACCAACAGUGGCUACUGUAUGACCAGCAACGUGAAGCGUAUGUCAGGGGGCUGCUUGGAAGGAUCUUUGAACUUGAAAAGAAGUCCGAAAUAGUUAGCCAACAAGAAUCUAAAGAAUUAAAUUCAGAAGGUCAUCUACAAGAGGAAAAGCAAAAAUAUUAUGACCAGCUGUUACUAACUGCUAAGAGUGAUCUUGAGACUGAAAGACGCACUGUAAUCCAGCUGAGAGCUGAACUUAACGAAUUCAAAAAGAAGUAUGAAGAAACACAAAAAGAAAUAACGAGUUUAAAUGUCUUAUUGCAGUCGCAACAGGCUGCUGAAAUGAAGAUCCUAGAAAAUGAAAAUAAAAUGAAAGGAGAGAAAAUGCAAAGACUAAACCAAGAAAAUGAAACUAUUAAAGGACAGCUCAGAGAGGAAAAGAAAAAGUCUGAGGAACUCUUACAUCAGGUGCAACUUCUUCGUAAAUCAUUGCUCAAACAGGAUGAAGAACAUGCUAGGAUAGCUUUGUUGGAACAACAG